GUUUUGUUUGUGACCGUAUUCCCAGAUGCUCCAGGGACUAGUAACUGCUGAUUAUUAACUAACCCUCAUCCGACAAACGCCGGUCAUGAGGGUAAGGAGAAUCCCGAACCAACAUCCUAUGCCCAACACAGCCUUGAGCUCUUUUCUUUCCCUCUCCUCCCUUAUUUCCUGACCACUGAGCGACGCUCGGCAAAUGAGGCGGAGCAUCCCUGCGAUCUUCGCGCGGGGCGGCACGUCCAACGGCCUGGUGAUCCACCGGCGCGACCUGCCGGCGCGGGACCGGUGGCACGCCGUGCUCCCGGCGGCGAUGGGGUCCCCCGACCCGCGGCACGGCAGGCAGCUGGACGGGAUGGGGUCGGGCGCCUCGUCGACGUCCAAGGUGUGCGUUCUGUCGCCGACGGCGCGGCCGGGCGCCGACGUCGAGUUCACCUUCGUGCAGGUCGGCGUCGGCGACGGCCGCCUCGACACCGCGGGGAACUGCGGCAACAUGUCGUCCGUCGUCGGGCCCGUCAGCCUGGACGAGGGCCUGGUCGGGGAGCCGCGGGUGGACCCCGGCGGGGAGACCGCGCUGGUGAGGAUCUUCAACACGAACACGGCCAAGAUCAUCCACUCGCGCUUCCGCGUCGCCGGAGACCCGCCCCGGUACUGCCCCGACGGCGACUACGUCAUGGAUGGCGUGCCGGGCGCCGGGUCGCGGGUCACGCUCUCGUUCCUCGAUCCGGCCGGCGCCAAGACGGGGCGCGCCCUGCCGACCGGCAACGCCGUCGACACCCUCCGCCUGCCGGACGGGUCCGCCGUCGAGGCGUCGCUCGUCGACGUGUCGAACCCGGGCGUCUUCGUGCGGGCUGCCGACGUCGUCGUCGCCGUCCCAGGCGCGGAGGAGGUGGAGGCCCAGGUGCAGGCCCUGGACCCGGCGGCCGUCGAGGCGGACCCGCUGCUCAAGACCCGCCUUGAGAUGGUGCGCCGCGUGGGGGCGGCUCGCAUGGGCCUCGACCCGGAGGUGCAGAGCGUGCCGAAGAUCGUGCUUGUCUUGCCGCGGCGGGGUGGCGGGGGAGGGACGGCGACGGACGAGCCAGAUAUCAGGUGUCUUGCUCUGUCGAUGGGGCAGGCACAUAAGGCUGUCCCGCUAACGCUGGCUUUGUGCUUGGGCGCGGCUGCGGGAAUUCCGGGGACGAUACCGUUCCAGCUCAAGGCCCGGGAAGGGACCGGGGGGACGGUCGUUAUUGGGCAUCCGAGCGGGCGGGUGGAGAUUGGGACGACGGUGAGAGAUGGGAAGAUACUGUCGGCGGAAUUGCAUAGGACGGCGAGGAUCUUGAUGAAGGGGGAAGUGUUUUACUAGAUCUGGAGAGAGACAGUGGCCUCCCAACUCUUAUUUCGGAGUGACAUAGACGAGUUCGAAGGCUCCCAGGGGCACAUUUGACUCGAAAGGCAAGAAGGAAGGGGCUCAUUCCCGUCAGGUCGUCAUUACUCGAUGUUUGGGCCUAGGGAAUGGACUCGCUCUGGCCACUGCUAGUGGAUUACUAUGUCCAUUUGUUUGUCGUGUUUCCUUUUGAUGUCUUUGCCCCCUAAUACCGCUUAAUAUGCGAUUGUCAGAGGGUGCUGGGCUUAGCCGCCUAGGACCAAGUCGGGCUCCGGCUUAGAGUCGA